UUGCAUUGCAUCCUACAAAGAAACAAUAGAGCCUGGAGGGCAAGAGGCUGACAAAAACACCACAGAGAGAGAGAGAGAGAGAGAGAUGAUUUCGGUGUUUUGGUGCGUAGUGACGUUUAUGGUGAUUGUUGCAACGGCUGUGUGCACAAGGAGAAACACGACAAGAGAGGCGAAACAGAGGAAAAGAAGGGCAGAACUUCCACCGGGUUCGAUGGGAUUGCCUUACAUUGGUGAGACCCUUCAGCUUUAUUCUCAAGACCCUAACGUCUUUUUCGCGGCGAAACAAAAGAGAUAUGGCGAAAUAUUCAAGAUGCAUAUUCUCGGGUGCCCGUGCGUGAUGCUGGCCAGCCCCGAGGCUGCAAGGUUCGUCCUCGUGACGGAGGCUCAUCUGUUCAGGCCGACGUACCCGAAGAGCAAAGAGCAUCUCAUUGGUCCGUCGGCUCUCUUCUUUCACCAAGGAGACUACCAUUUGAGGGUUAGGAAACUCGUUCAGGGCUCUCUAUCUUUGGACACAGUCCGAAGGCUCGUGGGAGAUAUCGACCACUUGGCCACCGUCCGAAGACUCGUGGGAGAUAUCGCCCACUUGGCUACCGUUCUUCUCGACUCUUGGGGCGAGAGGGAGGCCGUUACCGUCUUCUCCGAACUCAAAAAGUUUUCAUUUGAAGUAGGAAUCUUGGCAAUCUUUGGAAACAUUGAAAGUCAUUACAGAGAAGAGCUCAAGAAGAAUUACUCCACAGUAGACAAAGGCUACAAUUCCUUCCCCACAGUUCUUCCUGGGACCUCUUACAGAAAAGCCGUUCUGGCGAGGAAGAGGCUGAACCAGAUCUUAGCAGAAAUAAUUUGUGAAAGGAAAGAGAAGAGGCUUGAGGAGAAUGACCUGUUGGGAAGUCUACUGAACUCCAAAGAUGAGAGAGGUGAGGCUCUUAGAGAAGAUCAGAUCGCCGAUAACAUCAUCGGGGUUCUGUUUGCUGCACAGGACACAACCGCAAGCGCCAUGACAUGGAUCGUCAAGUACCUACAUGACAACCAGAAAGUUCUAGCAGCAGUCAAGGCCGAACAAAAGGCGAUACAGGAAAUGAAUGGCUACGGGAGACAACCGCUGACCUGGUCACAAACCAGGAACAUGUCCGUGACUUACAAGGUGGUGUUGGAGAGCUUGAGGAUGGCGAGCAUAAUAUCUUUCACCUUCAGAGAAGCAGUAGCUGAUGUUGAGUACAAAGGAUAUCUGAUUCCAAAGGGAUGGAAGGUGAUGCCAUUGUUCAGGAACAUACAUCACAACCCCGGCUUCUUCGCUGAUCCUGAAAAGUUUGAUCCUUCCCGUUUCGAGGAAACGCCCAAACCCUAUACGUUCAUGCCUUUCGGAAAUGGAGUACACUCAUGUCCAGGGAAUGAACUGGCCAAGUUGGAGAUGCUGAUAAUAACACAUCAUUUGACAUCCAGGUUCAGGUGGGAAGUAUUAGGAUCACAAAGUGGGAUCCAGUACAGUCCAUUCCCGGUCCCCCUACAUGGUUUACCAACCAGAUUCUGGAAAGAAUCUGCAGCCUAAUGGAUCCACAAUUUCAUUAAACCCCGAAAAUGAAAGAUUACUCCAAUAACAAAUGCCUUUCCCAAGGGUUCGUUCUUUUCCCAUUUCCAUCAGGAAAACGAUCCGAGGGAAGGAGCAAUCUCUACCGCUAAUUUUCAUCUCAUUUUCAAUUGUGUUCUCUAAGUUUUUUUUUAAAUGUAAAAAUCAUCAGAUUUUUAGCCAAUUCACAAGAUUCUAUUACAUUCUAAGAAGCCAAAGUGACCAGAGACAGGAGAGCGUACCUUUAUUGUCUUUUGUUAGAUCUGAAAUCUCUCUUGUGCAAUUUCCAGAAUAUGUGACUAAUACAGCUUCAUGUUCUGUCA